CACAAAGAGUACUGCUACUGCUGUACUGUACCUACUAUGUACUGCACAGCAACGCAGGGCAACCAAUUGGCCGCCAAUGGAAGCGCCUGUUUGCCUGCCGUUGCAUGUUGCAUGGAAGACCCUACCUCCGUCGAAGAGGAGCUGGCGGCCCAGCGAGAAGCCGCUCUGACUUUCCUUUCUCGAAUCACCCUCACCAACAACCUUCGCGUGUUCUGUUGGAAGUUAGCUCUAAUGCCGAUCUGUUAACGCCGUCGUCGUCGAAACGGCCUGCGGAAGAACCGCGUAGGACGUAUGGGCGGCAGGCGUACGGUCGUCCGUCGUAUCAAGUGUACUCGGGCAAUGACCUGAAUAAGCAGCGGCGAGCUCAUUCCAGACGAUCGUCGGUGGGGGAGACACGGGAUGCUGGUCAUCAAAAUCCACUGAUCGAUAAUCGCCUGAUGAUGGCCACAUCAAAUGGAACUCCUUUCUCUGUGUUCUCCGUCAUAUCGUAUCGUGAGGAGAAGAACCGGUUGAAGCGGCGCAAAAGCCGGACGUCCAGAUACUUCGGAAAUGCCUACUUCGAUAAGCUCAAGUUCAAUAUAGAUCUGGACAUGAAGCGUCGGAAGUUUGCACAAUCAUAUGGCAAUCUGCUAGAGCCCGCUCUGACUCUUGAGCCGAAAAUUCCCGAGAACUCGUCAUACAAUCCUUUCUUUUUGGAUGACCCGGAGCUAAGGACAGGAAGACAUCGAACCGUGAUCACACUGCCGUGCUUUGUGGGGUCCAUCAUCCAUUACAGCAAGCCUUCAGACAUCAAGAAGGAGCUCAACGAGCAUUUUCGUGAUACUCAUCCUAGUGUAGACCCGACAUUGACUCUGACCCAGAUCCGGAGGGUGAAGGAACGACUUAUCAAAAUCGGCGAGCUGCAGGACUUGGAGCUAUCGAGCGUGGCCUGCGCAUUUGUGUAUUUCGAAAAGCUGGUCUUGAAGAAUAUGGUCAAUAAAGAAACGCGACGACUGGUUGCCGCUGUAUGUCUAAUCCUCGCUUCGAAAGUUAACGACCCAAAAGAGGUCGACUAUACUAAACUUUUAGAGAGCGCCGAGAAAGUUCUCGAGGUGCCAAGGAAGGACAUCCUAGCUAACGAGUUUGUGAUCUACACGGCACUGGAAUUCACACUCUACGUUCCUCUUUGGGAGGUUAUGCCGCAUUUGGAGAGAAUCAUCGACGCCUCAGGUACGUAAUCUCAACGGAAGAACACGACGAAAGUCCAAUCUCAUGACUUGUUUCUAACGUGCAGCACAUAAAACUGUCGAUGAGUAUACGGGCGAGAACGCCUUCUUCGUGCACCGCCAUGCGCUGACUUCGACUUGAUGAUCCUUUCGGAUGGCGAAACUUCGUUGUAUAAAGGUUUUUGGAACUUAAGUUUUGCCCCGAUAUUCUGGCCGAUUGCAUGCUUUGGUUGAUUAUGUGUCUUGAAGGGGAGAAG